AUAAUCUAGCAUAUGAUUUUAAUUGAGUAGCGUACGUCGUUGAAGUUUGAGCUCAGUUUGUCAUCUAAUUAAACUCCUGCUGUGAAAAAAUCAAUAUAAAAGAGAUCAUUAAAUUUCCGAGUGCACUUGUAUUUAUUUUUGGCAGUUACGUUGUUAUUAUAUUAUUUAUAUUGAUUUUGUUUUAAUAACGAUGGAUGAGAAUAUAAAUAAUCCAAUCAAGUCAAUUACAUCGUUUUACGCUGGACAAAGUAUAUUUUUAACAGGUGCGACAGGAUUUAUGGGUAAAGUAUGCAUGGAGAAGAUACUGCGAUCUUGCCCAGAUGUUCGCGAAGUGUUUAUAUUGAUGCGCCCAAAAAAAGAACAAAGCAUUAACGAAAGGCUCGAACAAAUAUUGAAAUUACCGUUAUUCGAUAAACUGCGAAAAGAGCAACCUUCAAAUUUAAAAAAAAUAAUUCCACUUUUUGGUGAUGUUAGUAAAGAGAACUUGGGUCUGUCGGCUGCCGAUAGAGAAAUGUUAGUUGAAAGAGUGACUAUAAUAAUUCAUGCAGCAGCGAGUGUGAGAUUUAAUGACAGCUUAAAGUAUGCUAUUUUUAUAAAUACUAGAUCGACAAGAGAUAUCUGUAUCUUAGCUCAAGAUAUGAAAAAUCUUCUAGCACUAGUUUAUGUUAGUACAGCAUACGCGCAUAUAAAUAAUUCUGUCAUAGAAGAAAAAAUAUACCCACCAGUAGCCGAUUGGCGGAAAAUGAUCAAAGCAGCCGAGUCAUUGGAUGAGCAUAUUUUAAAUGUCUUUACAGCUAAAUGUUUGGAAUGUUUUCCCAACACAUACAUAUUCUCGAAAAAUUUAGCUGAGAGUGUAAUAGCGGAUUAUUCUUCAUCGUUACCUUGUGCGAUUGUAAGACCUUCUAUAGUGUCAAAUACAUUGAACGAUCCAUUCCCAGGAUGGAUAGAUAAUUUGAAUGGUAUAGUAGGAAUACUCGUCGGUGGUGGUAAAGGAGUACUACGAGUAUUCAAGACUAAUAAACAUCUUCGUCCAGAUGUGAUGCCGGUAGAUGUUGCCAUCAAAUGGUUGAUAAUCACAGUUUGGAAGAUUGGAUUGACCAGCUUCAAGCCGGGUUCUUCACCUUUUAUCAUAAAUUGUACUUCUUCCAAUCUGAGAGGAUUGUCCAUAGAACCAAUUUGUAAAAUGGGUUUUCAACUUCUAGAUGAGAUACCCUUCGAGCAAACUCUUUGGACUCCCGGUGUAAUAAUUACUAAUAAUUCCAUCAUAUAUUAUAUAUUGACAAUGUUGUUGCAUAUCUUGCCAGCUAUUUUAAUAGAUCUGAUUUUAAAACUUACGAAACAUAAACCUAUGCUAUUAACAAUGCAAAAAAAAGUAUACACGGCCUGCUGCGCUGUGGGAUAUUUUGCGAAUCAUCAAUGGAUAUUUAAAAAUAACAAUGGUAUAGAUUUAUUCGAUUCAGUUCUACCCGAAGAAAAAGAAGCAUUCUCAUGUGAUAUUUUAAAUAUUGAUGUUAAAGAAUUUUACAGGGCCGGUAUAAUUGGAGCUAAAAAAUAUCUCUUUCACGAGGACAUGAAUCGCUUAGAUGUAGCUAAAGCGUAUCGCAGACGAUUAGAUUUGUUUGCUACGGCAUUUAAAACUAUCAUCGUUAUUGGAAUAAUAUGGAUGAUAUAUAAGUGAACCGACACUGAUUGUUAAAUAUUCUCAGAUCGCAAACUGAUCAACAUCGUCACAAACAACUAUAGUGUAAUAUAUAUUACUUGAUGUAUAAUAUAAAAUAAAUUAAACUUGGCAA